GCAGAGUUAUUAAGGCACCAUUGUUGGAACACAGUAUACUACUGGUUAUUCACAAAUGUUGACUCACACCAAAAGAUAUACCAGAUGGCCUUAUUAUCCACAAUACUGGAUACAACAAAUUAUGUUCGUGCAAGUUAACCCUGGAGAGACCCUCACCAUUAGAUCUGAUGAUGGGAGAAUUCAGACUAUUCAAGGACCUGCUGAUGUACCUAUGAUGUCACCAACUGGUUCUUUGCCACCGAUAUAUCUUCCUUAUGGCUACACGUCUCAGGUAGUAGAAGAAAAUGGGAUUCUCAAAAUUAUCAUUGUACCUCAGACAACUGACUAUUGCACACCCAUGCCUGCUACAAUACAAGUAUCACAGUUCAUAUUACCACCUGACUCUAUGCAUCCACAAACUCCUCAAUUAAGGUAUCCCCCAGUUCAAGUAGACUAUCCACCGUCUUACAUCCAAGAAUGUAUGUCACAGCAGCUGCAACUUCUACCACCACCACCACUACCACCGCCACCACCAACUUUCAUAUACCACGAACACCACGAAGCCUAUUCUCAUGGAAUAGCAAACUAUAACCAAGACCCUAAAAGUCCUGUUAAAAUGGGAGAACAUAAGAAGGAAAAAUUGAAAGACUUCCAAGAUGGUGGACAUAAGGAUGGCUAUAUGAGUAACAACACCUCUUUGCCUGAGCACAAAACUGAUAACUUUUCCAGUAUCUCUGGUAUUCCUAGCGCAAACACUGUUGACAAUACUCUGAGCAUUCACAUUGUGAAUGAUCUUCUGAGCACUGACACUGUAGACAAUUAUCCCUGCACCUAUGCUGAUGAUAGUACUUCAAAUACCAACAGGAUGGACAAUAAUUCAAGAAGCACUGACACUAUGGGUUAUACUCCAAGAACCUACACUGUAGGCAAUAUUUGGGACACUUACACUAUGGACAAUGUUCCAUGUACCUUUGCAGUUGAAAAUAGUUUGAGUACCUACAAUACUGACAAUAUUUUAAGCACCUAUAGUAUGAACAGUGUUCACACCAUUGAUAAUCCUCUCAGUACUUACACUGACAGCAAUUCUCCAAAUCUUCACAUCGCUGAUGAUACUUCCAACAACUUUUCCACUGACCAUGUUCCUAGUAUUUCCAUAAUAAACACUGCUCUGCACACUUACGAAGUUGAUAGUGUUCCAAACUCUUCUAACUUUAACAUUCCCAGGAUUUUCAAUUCUCCCAGAUCAUCACCUACAGAUAGUACUCAUAGCUCUUCUCCCUCUGAUAUUGAUCCCAACACUCCUAUUUCUGAAAGCAUUCCUAGCACCUCAGCCAUAGAUGAUUUUUUCAAUAUGUCCAGUACUGCCCAUAUUUCCAGUUCUGCCAGUAUUCAUAUUGAGACUAGCUAUGGGAACAAGCAGAGUAUUAGAGAAAGUGGAAACCCCAAUCAAAAACCAAGUGGAAAGCGAAGCAAGAGCCCAUUAUCAAUUGUGGAAGAAAAAGAAUGCAAAAUAGAGCAUAAGAGUUCAUGCUGCUGCAGUACUGAAAAACCUACUGUGUUGAAUGUUCAAGAAGGUACUGCUCUUAUUUCAUGGAAAGCACAUAACCCUGAGGCUUGUAUUCAUAAUAGAUCUCCUGCAACAUUUGAAUUGACAGUAUCCAAUAGUGGUAAAAAUGGAAACUAUAAAACUGUGUAUAUUGGUGAUGAAUUUGCAUUUACUCUACUUGAUCUACAGCCAUCCAUAACCUAUUUUGUAAGGGUUACAACUGUAAGAAGCUCAACACAGAGAACUGUGUCUGAAGUGGUUAGCUUCACAACUCCAGAUUGCGAACCAGACCCUCCUCUUGCACCCAAAUUGAUUAGCAGAUACAAGAGCAGUCUGAAUUUGCAGAGUAAAAAUUCUACCUGUAACAUGAAAGGAAAAAAUAAUCCUAGUAAACAAGUGAAAUGUACUGCCUGUCCAGAUAAUUCUGAAUCCCCUAGAGAACCAUAUAUAAAGGAAAAGAUCCAUGCACAUCAUGUAAGAAUUGGAUCGGCACCUAAAUUAGAUCAACUUAAUAGCAAUGCCUGUGAGGUUAAAUGGGAGACUCUGGAGCCGAUAAAAGGAGAUCCCAUUGCUUACAGACUUUACUUCAUUAACAAAAAGGGAACUAACAUGAUUAACAAGAAACCAAAUACAUCAUCCUCCUUCUCCAGCUUUUAUACAAAUUCACAUUAUCACUACAAGACUUGUGCUGGACACCAAUAUCAGAAUUCUGAUGGGAUACAAGAUCUCUGGGGACCAUUUAGUCCUAGUGCUCUUGUCUCAACUCAUAAGAAACAUGCAAGGUCUGGAAAAAACAGUGGUGGAAAAGGGAGAAACAUCCCUAACGAAGAGCACGAUGGAAAUCCCAGAAUAGAAAUGAGUGAAAAUACAUUUGUUCUAAUAGUUGUGAUAGGACUUGCACUAAUUACCAUUCUAUACACAGUUGCAAUUCAACAAUUUAUAGUCAACUGAUCUAUUUCACAUGUUUUUUGACCUCUCUAAGACUGCCUUAAUAAAUAACUCAAGAAAGUA